GCAAAUCUUCUCUGAUUGAAGGCCUCCGAGAGCAAAGGCCUGCUGGCGGCAGGAGUUCGCACGAUUCGCUACUUUUGUUCUUGUACUUUGAACGAUUACAGCUUUAAUGUAGCCCCAUAACCAUGCAGCAUUUUAAUUCAGAUUUUAUUUAGAUACAAAGUGACACGUAAGUCCGACUCUGUGGGGUAAACGGGAUUUCUGAUUUUCUGUAGCGUGUGGAAUCUGCCGAGCUGAACUCCGCGCUGAGCUGCCAUGCGUGCUACUUCCGUGUUAGUGAGUCGGUGUGAGAGGGCGACGAGAAGUUUGAGCCCCGCAUAAGUAUGAGUGGAUUUAGUUAACGUUUUCGUUGGGAUCCUCCCGUUGGAAAGCUCACCUCGCCGUCUUAACCUCCUCGCCGCCGCGACAGCGCUAUCCGAGCCAUGGAGGCGGAUUUAAAGGCGGCUGUGAGGCGGAUUUGCUAAGUUAGCACAGGCUAGCUAACACAAUCUCUUCAUCAUAUGCGCCGAACUGGAGUACAACUCGAGGCUUUUAUUGACUCCUCCGAGGCUUUUUGAGGAUUUAUCCGAUCGAUGAGCGCUGGGAUGGUUGGAUGCGGUGGAUUCGGUGUGACCCGGUUGGGAACGGUCGCUGUGUGAACACACAGACGCUAGCGGUGCUAGAACAGCGCUUAAAGAGGGUUCAAAUGUUUUGCUUUGUUCGCCGGGGACUGAAGCGCGAGCGAUAGAAGUGGGAUAUUAAAUGCCGAACACAGAGAUCGUUCCCCGCGAGGGCCGGGGGAGAAGCCCGCCGCCGCCGCAGAGUAACGUUAGUCAGAGGGAGGCGAGACGGAGCAAGAGCCGCCGGGAGAGACACCGGGAGAAACCGCGCUCCUCGUCCUCCUCCUCCCGGAGGAAGAAGCACAAGCACGCCCGGGAGAAGCAGCAGCAGUCGUGGCAGCAGCAGGAGGUGCUUUACGACGGGGAUGUGCGGACUUUAGUGGAGUACGACGACGUGAGCUCGCAGUCCGAGCGCUUCUCCGGUAGCCCGUCUCCCAGAACCGACGCGCUGUCCGUGGACCGGCUGAGCGAAGCCGAGCUCCAGGACUCCAGCUACGGCGGCGCUUCCACGAGGGAGCACAACUCGUCCUCUCGGAGGAGGGACGGGACCGCGGAGAAGGGACGCCAGGAGAAGGAGACGAAGAGGAACCGCUCCAGCCCCGCGUUCAAGUCCCGCAGCGGCGUGAGGAAUCACGACAGCAACGGCAGGAAGCCUUCGUCCGCGACCCAAGCCGACAAAAAGGAGUCGAAGCGACACAAAAGCAAGUCCAAAUCCGAGAAGGACCCUCCCUCUGCCUACCGGGAGCCGCCGCAGGCUUACAGGGACGAGCGGGAGGAGCUCAGGUCCUACUGGAGGAGCAGCCCGAGCUUCAGAGCCGCGGAGAGUCCCUACGGCGCGUCUUACUCCUACGGGUACCAGGAGUCCCCUAACACAAACUUACCGUUCAUCUCCAGGAGGAGCCCCAGGAGGCUCUCGCCGAGCUCCACCUACUACGGUCGCGAUUCAGAGGUGCACGGUGCCUAUAACGUGUCGAAGUCGCCGAGCUCGUACUCGAGUAGUAAGAGGAAGCGCUCCCCGUCCAGCCCGCGCUGGCGCCGGUCUCCGAGCUACGGCCGACACAGUCCCUACGAGCAGGGCGAGGUCCCCGGCAGCCCGUACGGCCCGCGCAGGCGCUCCCGGAGCCCCAGUCCCGACAGCAGGCGGACGGGAAAGUCCCGCAGCAGGAGCCCGUACCAGUCCUCGCGUCACUCUCGCUCACGCAGCCGUCACCGGCACUCGCGGUCCCGCAGCCGGCCCUCCAGUCUGUCCCCCAGCUCCCUGACCCUGAAGAGCAGCCUGGCCGCCGAGCUCAGCAAGCAGAAGAAAGCCAAGGCCGCCGAAGCCGCCCGCGUCAAAACCUCCAGCAACACCUCCACCCCGACCAAGGGCUCCUCGUCCUCCUCCUGCGCUCCUCAGCCCAGCCCCGUCACCAACCACGUCACCAAGAAGACCAGACCACCCUCACCGCCGCCUCCGGUGUCCGAGAAGGGCCCCAGAACCCCGGCGUCCAGUCAGCCGCAGUCUCCGGUGGAGCGACCCGCCAAGAAGAGCUCAGACGCCUCGCAGCCCAGCAGAGAAGCCAAGCUGAAGGAGGACAAAAAGAAGGGAGGACAGUCCGUGCAGGUGAAGGACAAGGACCGAGAGAAAGCAGCUGCUCCAGCCGUCACCUCUCUUCCUCAGGCAGCCAACAAUCUGGAUCAUCUGGACGGAAGCGACAGUAUCUUGAAGGAGUCUUCAGUGACCACAGGGAAGAAGAAACCCGAAAGGAAAGCCCGUCACCUCCUCGCAGACCUCCCUCUUCCUCCGGAGCUCCUGGGCAUCGCCCCCGGUUCGCCCCACAGCCCGCCUGAUGACAAGAAGACGCACACCAAGAAGAGACCCAAAAUCUGCGGUCCACGCUUCGGAGAGAUCAAGGAGACGGAGAUAGAUUGGGGAAAGCGCUGCGUGGACAAGUUUGAGAUAAUUUACAUAACUACAGUGUACAAAGCCAAGGACAAAGACACUGCGGAGUUGGUGGCCCUCAAGAAGGUCCGUUUGGACAACGAGAAGGAGGGCUUUCCGAUCACAGCCAUCAGGGAGAUCAAGAUCUUGCGGCAGCUCAACCACAAGAGCAUCAUCAACAUGAAGGAGAUCGUCACUGACAAGGAGGACGCUUUAGACUUCAAGAACGAUAAAGGGGCGUUUUACCUGGUGUUUGAGUACAUGGACCACGAUCUGAUGGGCCUGCUGGAGUCGGGCCUUGUGCACUUCAACGAGAGCCACAUCAAGUCUUUCAUGAGGCAGCUGCUGGAAGGACUGGACUACUGCCACAAGAAGAACUUCCUGCACCGGGACAUCAAGUGCUCCAACAUCCUGCUCAAUAACAAGGGUCAGAUCAAGCUGGCAGAUUUCGGAUUGGCUCGUCUGUAUAACUCUGAAGAGAGCCGGCCGUACACCAAUAAAGUGAUCACGCUGUGGUAUCGCCCGCCCGAGCUGCUGCUGGGAGAGGAGCGGUACACGCCCGCCAUCGACAUGUGGAGCUGCGGGUGCAUCCUGGGAGAGCUUUUCACGAAGAAGCCCAUCUUUCAGGCCAACCAGGAGCUGGCGCAGCUGGAGCUCAUAAGUCGAAUCUGUGGCAGCCCGUGCCCCGCUGUGUGGCCAGACGUGAUCAAGCUGCCCUACUUCAACACCAUAAAACCAAAGAAGCAGUACCGGCGGAGGUUAAGGGAAGAGUUUGCUUUUAUUCCUCUGAUGGCCCUGGAUUUGUUCGACCACAUGCUUGCGCUGGACCCGAGCAAACGCUGCACUGCAGAACAAGCUCUCAGGAGCGACUUCCUCAAAGACGUGGACCCAGCCAAGAUGCCUCCGCCUGAUCUUCCUCUGUGGCAGGACUGCCAUGAGUUGUGGAGUAAGAAGCGGCGCCGGCAGAAGCAGAUGCCGGAGGAGCUGACCGCUCCUAAAGCCCCUCGGAAGGAGCUGGGUCUGGACGACAGCCGCAGCAACACGCCGCAGGGCUUCCCCGCCGCCGGAGCACACAAAGGUGCGAGUGCUGCUGCCGCCGCAGCCCUGCUGGAUCCCAAAGCUCCCAGCUCCCAGCUGACUCCGGAGCAGCUGGCUGUGCUCCUGAACCUGCUGCAGUCCAAAGGCGUCCCGGGGGGAUCGGCGCAGUUCGCUCAGGCCGUGGGGUCCAAGAUGAACCCGGAGACGCUACAGCAGCUGACGCAGGCUCUGCCCCCCGGACAGCCGCUGGAGUCUGAGAGACCCCCGGAGCCGCCGCCGCUCCCCAAGGUCUCUAAACCCCCUCAGCCGCCUCCAUCGGGGGCCGGAGCGCCCCGCACCCCCCCCAUGCCGAAGCCGCCUUCGCCCCCCGCCCCGCAGCAGUCAGGGAAGAGCGACGGAGAGGCCUCAGCCGCAGCCACGCAGACCGCCGUCACCAUGCUGCUCGCUCAGCUCCUCAAGGGAGAGGUCAUGGGGUUCGAGGGGGCCGAGGGGGGCGUCUCAAACCCAGCAGAGCCCAGCCCUGUAUCUCCAGCGGCUGAAGGCGACGGCUCGUCCUCCAGGCCCCUGGAGCCUCUCUCCAUUCUCCCGCCGGACCAGAGACCCCCAGAACCUCCGGAACCGCCCCCCUGCGCAGACCUGGACUACCGGCAGGCCCCCGAGCCCCAGCCGGAGCAAGCCCCAGGAGACGCUCCCAGACCUCUGGAGCCGGACUAUCUGCCUCCGCCCAGACCGACGGAGGGGCCCGGGUUCGGGGCGGACUUCAGCCGGCCCCCGCCUCCACCGUUCGGCUACGCAGACAGCUACCUCGGCCACAUGAUGCCCCCCCACCCGCCUCUCGCCUCGGAGGCGUUCGCUCACAGCAGCAUGGUGUUCAGCGGAGACCAGGACCAUCGCUUCGAGUUCAAUCACAGCGGCCCGCCUCCUCCUCCUGUCCCCCCCCCGUCCCAGUCCCUCCCGCUCGGGUACGCUCCUCACGUGAACACAGCGGCGCUGCGGGGCAGGGGACUCCCUUUCUGAUGGGCUCCCGAUGAACUCACGGACAUCUCGGGAAAGGAAGAGUCUAUAAGACGCACGCAGUGGCCCUCAAACCAGCACUAAGAGCCUCAGAACUGGAUUUGUGGGGUUUGUGAGUAACCCGAGGGCCCUCGAGGAACAGGAGGGACGAACUGCUGGGGUGGGAACUUUCUGUGUUUCCCGCUCACAGAGCUGUUUCCGUUUCCCCUCCGAGUGUUUUUGUAAUCUCUUCUACUGCUGUCUUUUAAAUGAAAACUGUGUGUUUACCGUGCCGGGGUGAGUGUUUUUAACCGCGAGGACAGACUGGUGUUACGCUGAUGUGUGCACUGCUGAAUAAAGCAGGUGGACACAAGCGACGCUGAUGGAGGAAUGUGCUGUAUCUGCACACGACCAGUGACGGACGUCCUUUCUUUUUUCUUUCCCUCUUUUGGUCAGUGUUCUUCUUCUUCUUUCUAAUGAUUCAGUAAUCAUGGGCUCUGUGGCGGGGGAACUUCACUGGAGGGGCUUGUAAAGGCCUCCAGAGAGACUGGAAGCACUUGUGGACUGAGCUGCUGAAUCUGCUGAACGAGUGAACCGAUCAAAGCUGUGUUUCUCACCGGUUCACACCUGCUCUUGUCUAUAGCCAUUGUGAAAUCUAAACAGACUGAUUUCGAGUAGAAAAUGAGCAACAAUGUCUUUUUUGUAUGUAUUUUUUUUCCCCCCUUUGGCAAAUGUUUAUUAAAGAAAUGCCAAUCA